AUGAAUUUUAUAAGCUGGAACUGCCGAGGGUUUGGCAACCCUCAGACAAUUCAGGACCUUUGCCUGAUGGCAAAGGAAAAGAAGGCUAAUGUUAUUUUUUUGAUUGAAAUUAUGAUCAAAGGAGGGAGGUUAGAGAGUAUGAAAAGAAGAUUGGGAAUGGAAGGGUGUCUUGCAGUUGAUCCUGUGGGCAAGAAGGGGGGUUUAGUUUUGUUUUGGAGGUAUGAAGAGGAAGUGAAAAUUAAGAAUUAUUCCAGCUGGCACAUUAAUGCUGAAAUUAGGGAAGAAGGAAAAGGGAAGAGUUGGCUUUUCACUGGAAUCUAUGGCCAUCCUGAAACUGGAAAAAGAAAGUUGUCUUGGGAUUUAUUGAGAAGUUUUAAGCCAAAUGAGAAGACACCUUGGUGUGUGAUGGGGGACUUCAAUGAGAUUCUAUUUCAAAAUGAAAAGGUGGGGGGCAGGCAGAGGUCUGAGUCUCAACUAAUUCAGUUUAGAGAAAUGAUGGAGGACAAUUUGCUUUAUGAUUUGGGAUGCUGUAAUGGAUUCUAUACUUGGAGUAAUAGGCAUUCUAACGUUUCUUUCAUAAAAGAGAGGUUAGAUAGAUGUGUGGCCAAUAAGGAAUGGAGGGAGAUGUUCAGAGGAACAAGAGUGGAGGGUCUACCAGUGAGGAGUUCAGACCAUUUGCCUUUAUUAGUAUCAAUAAGAGGGGUAACAGAGAGACAAAGAAGCUGGUAUGUGCCUUUCAAAUUUGAGGCAAGCUGGGUUAGAGAGGAUGAAUGUGAAUUAAAAAUAAGGCAAGUGUGGAAUGAUGGGAUACUGACAGAAGAUGUUGUGACACUGAUGCAGUCUCGGUUGAGAUUAUGUAGUGGGAUGCUGAGAGAAAGUGGGAGAAUUGCUGGAACAGGAGGAUACAAAGUGGAAAUAAAGAGCAAAGAGGAACUGGAUGGAGUUGCAGAGGCUUUCAAGACACAUUUUGAUGAGGUGUACAGGACUGAAAAUCUAGGAGUUGGAAAAAUUAAUAAAUGCCUAGCUGAGAUGGAGAAGAAAGUGACUGCUGAAAUGAAUGAAGUCUUGGAAAGGGACUUUAAAAGGGAGGAGGUAGAAGAGGCUUUAAAGAUGAUGGGGUCUUUAAAAUCACCAGGACCUGAUGGGUUUGGAGCUUGUUUCUUCCAAUCCUUUUGGCAUAUUGUCGGAAGUGAUGUGUGUGGAUCAGUGCUUCAAUUUUUAAAUGGUGGAAGGUUAGAUGAAGGGCUGAAUUACACUUAUAUAGCCUUGAUUCCUAAGGUCAGUGAUCCUAAAUCAGUAAAUGAGUUUAGGCCGAUAAGUUUAUGCAAUGUUGUGUAUAAACUUAUAGCAAAAACUCUUGCUAAUAGAUUGAAGAAAGUUAUGGAUGCAAUCAUAUCAAGAAACCAGAGUGCUUUCAUUCCAGGGAGGGUUGAAUGGUCUUAUCUUGAGGCAGUCAUGAAAAAGUUGGGAUUUGGAAGUAGGUGGAUUGGAUUGAUCAUGCAGUGUAUAUCUUCAGUGUCAUAUGCUGCAUUAAUUAAUGGAAAACCAGGUGAGACUAUUAAGCCUACAAGAGGACUAAGACAAGGAGAUCCAUUGUCUCCUUAUCUUUUCCUCUUAUGCUCAGAAGGUUUAAGUGCAAUGUUAAACAAUACAGAAAGAAGAUCAGAAUUAAAAAGAGUGUCAGUGGCACGAGGAGGCAUAAGGGUCACCCAUUUACUUUUUGCUGAUGAUUGUAUUAUUUUUGGAAAGGCUAGCUGGAAGGAAUGGAAGAAGAUAAGAAGCAUUCUAGAUUUGUACGAAGAGGCAUCGAGGCAGAGCUUAAAUAAGGAAAAAACCACAAUUUUUUUCAGUAGAAGAGCCCAAGAAACUGUUAAAGAAGGAAUCAUGAAGAAUAUGGGAGCUAGGCAACUGAGAAAUAGUGAAAAAUACUUAGGUCUACAAAUUAUGGUUGGAAGAUCGAAGUACAACUCUUUUAGAGUAAUAAAGGACAGAGUAUGGAAGAAGAUUAGUAACUAG